AUGAUUAGAGGUACUCAGGUUGGCAAACUAAGUGUUUAUGCUGAUUGGAAGAUUCCGACUAAUCUGGUUAAACUUAAACUGAACGGCCAAAAUAUUAUUCGAUCGAGGCCCAGUGAAAUACUUCAUCCUUUUUAUAAGAUUGGCCCAUUAGAACAAUUACUUUUGAAUUAUGCAUACGCGAAUGCUUCAUUACUUGGAGGGAAGGCGAAUUUUGCCAUACUCGAUAAGGAUUCUCAAAAGUUUAUCCCUAAACAACUGAUCAUGAGAAGUACUCCGGAUUUACCGGAAUGGGUACAUACCUAUAGUUUCCAUGUUUGCAAUAAUGUGUUUAAGGAUAUUUCUUCCAUGAUUACGAUCAGUAGAAAUGAUAUUAAAAACCAGAUCAGGGACAGUUAUAUCACCAAAGAAACGUCUGCAAAUAUUGAAACCAUAGAAACCUUAAUGACAAAAAACACCAAAAUGCCAAAACCUUUCGACCCAUUGAAUCUUGUUUCAUUGAUCGAUGGUGUUGUAAUGACGACAGAUGGUGUAUACCCCGAAGAUAUUUACACAUUUGUGAUACAGAAACAUUGUAACCAUUUGAAUAAUAUUGUCUUGUCAAUCAACGCCAUAAUGUUACAUAUAGAGACUAUGAAACUAGACCAAUUUUCUGUUCUUGAAAAACUGGUUAGUCAAUUGAUAUAUAUUAUGAGACCUCAGAUAGAACUUUUCCCUGAACAUGAAUUCAAAGAGGCCCUUACCAAAUUAGGUGAUUUGAUUCAACGGAUGAAAAUGAAAUUCACAAAUCAGAUGUUUAAAGGUAGUACACAUUUUCAAUUACUAGAUUUGCACACUCGUAUGAAAAACGUGAUGACAGCCCAUGAAUAUCUUAAGAAGUUGAUAGUAGUCAAUAAUAUGUUACCCGAGGAACAACUACUUUCGGAAUACAUUACUAUGUUGACGGAAUGCUUCCAUGGAGAUAAUAUAAGUAAGAUGGGAUAUAUUUCUGACCUCAGUAGCGUUAUCGAAUCCCAAAUGACUUCGGAAAUGUUGCAUUUUACAUUACCUCUGUGUGUCGAUUUUAGCGAAAUUCAAAGAUUGUUACAGAUAAUAAUACAAAAGAAAGAGACACACAACCUCAUAAAUAAGGUUUCGCUUACUGCUAUCCUGAAACAGGUCGAAAUCAGUGGUGACAACGAUCUAACAAGAGGUAUUAACAUUACCAAAGUGUACAAUUCCUUACUUGAGCAUAAAAUGUUAUCGAAGCAAUACAUAUCUAUAUUUGUUGAACAUUUCGCAAGAUGUGGUAAUUUCAACAUGAUAGCAAACCUGAUCGAUUCCAAAAAUUUCUCAUUAGUUGAUACCCCAGAAUUAUCAGAAAAGAUUAUCAUUAACAUUAAACAAGACAGAGAUGAAGAUAUACCUAUGUAUGCCAAGAAAGGUAAUCUAUUUUUGUCCCAAUAUAUAUUACCUGUGGUUGAUAAAAUCGAAUUAUCUGAAGAAUUGAAAAAAACUUUAAUAGAUAUUUAA